AUGGAAACUAACAACACUGUCGGAUUCGAAACAGUUCCAAAAGAGUCUUUAAUCUACGUGGAGCAAUACAUGUCAGAUGACCAAGACAAGAAAGAUUCCGCCGUCAUUAUUGAUCUAGCUUUACGCUACGCUAGAAACCUGAAACUCGGCGGCGACGGCAAGGACAUUUGGGUCUUUGACAUAGAUGAAACAACACUCUCUAAUUUGCCUUACUAUGCUAAGCAUGGAUACGGGCACGACGGCAGAAAACUGGUCUUUGACUUAGAUGAGACCACUCUCUCUAAUCUGCCUCUUUUGGCUCAAAUGGGAUAUGGGACUAAGCCGAGGGACACGACAUCGAGAAGGAAUGGUUUGAGGAAAGCGAGCACCAGUUUGCCGGCGAGUCUUAGGUUGUACAAUGAGUUAUUGCGUCUUGAGAUAAAGGUUGCCUUCCUCACAGGAAAAUCUGAAAGCUUGAAAGAUGCUACAGAAAUCAAUCAAGAAAUCUCGGGGAUCAGAGUCUCCAUCAAAGCUAUAAAUGUGAAUUCAAAUCAAAUGAAAAAGAAGAAGCUCGAGGAGAUUGAUGGAUACGAAUUAUUGGAAACAUAG